GCCUUAAAUAAUAUUGCUUCUCUUGACUUUAUCCACUCUAAAACCAUUUAACAAAAAUGCAAAUAUCAGGGAGUUCAAUUUUUACACUACUACUUGUUUCAUUAUUAUUACAUGUGAGUACUGAAUCAGAGGAUUGCCAACAGGUUAUCGUUGGUUUAGCACCUUGCUUGCAAUACAUACAAGGGAAUGCUACAAGUCCAUCGUCAGGAUGCUGCACGCAGCUCGCCACUAUAGUCAAGACGCGACCGCGCUGCGUGUGUCAUGUUUUCAGUGGUGUAAAUGUUAAUCAGACACUGGCUUUCGCUCUUCCUAAAGCUUGUAAUGUCCGUAUCACUCCCUCUCUUACACUAUGUAAAGCUACUUCCCCAGCUGGUUCUCCACUCUCUUCGUCCAUUCCUUCAGGAGACAGAUCAAGAACUUCACAAAGUGAGGAUUCAUCAGGAGGAUACUCAUUGAAGCUGCCGUAUUCUCUCUUUCUCACCCUUGUAAUAGCCUCUUUUUCCGUGUUCAAUACCAUCUUAUCAUAAUUAAGUGAUCUAUAAUCACAAAAAACGCCUCGCUUUGUAGAGCCAGAGACACCAUUUCCUUUUGUACUUAUUAAACUUUAAAGUGCGUAUGUGAAAUCAGAAUUGUUUUUUUUUUUUGAGCCCACCUUAUUAGGAGGACCAAUAGUGUUUUCAACAAUAUUGAACAAAGCACUUUCUGAAUGUACAAUAGUACAAGUACAUUUUACACACGCUUUGUGGUUUGAUUCUUUGUAGCUUGCAAACAAUAGAC